GCUCUGGUGGCAAACGACAGAACUACAGUAAACUACUGAGAAAAUCACGUUGGAAGACUUGCGGAAACUAAAAUUUCUCGUUUCACUAUAAUUCCGUGUAAAUCAUCAUCGUUCUAAUAUUUACAUGAAAAUUGUGAAGUUAAUUUGUUAUUAUAACUCAGUGCUUUAGUAAUUAUAAGUGAUACAGUGUUUAAAACCCCAAAAUUAACAUUUCCUUCAGGCCCCAACUUGGAAGUAUUUCAUGAUAACAGAGUAUCCAUCAGUAGCUGCCCACACUGAAUUUACAAAGACACAAGUCUGCACGACUCUAAACUGCAUGUGAUAUAAUUUAUUUUAGAUUUAAGACUGCAUUUUAAUUGUCGCCGUCAAUUCGAAGACCAUAAAUUCGGGUGAAAACUACAGAUUAUAGAGUGACAAUAAGACGUGACCUUGUCAAUUGUGACUGUAGACUGAAGAAGGGGAAUAAAGAUUGAAGAAAUUGUAUCAGAAUGAAGGACAGUGUGAAUUGCAAUUGCACGCACACGUUAUCAAAUGAUGUUGAAUACAAAGAAGUGGUUGUAAUUGGAAACGGCCCCAGCGGAUUAGUCACGUCCUUCAUGCUGGCGGGGAACGUGCCCCACCUGAAACAGAUUCCGGAUGACCUGCCCAUAGACGACAUGCUGAAAGCCAGACUAUCAAACCUGCCAGUUGGACAGAAUCUGUACGAGACUGAUCUGCUCCAGUUGGCCGAAGGUCUGGAGGGCCGCAGCCAGAACCCAUUGCCUCUGCUGAUGGACAAUCUGCUAAGGCCGUGUGCUGACCUGGGCAUUCAGGCUGACCCGCUGAUCGAGUGGAAAUACGAUGUUGAGAAGCAGAUCUCCCACAUAGUGCUCGGCCGGGGUCCCCCCGGGGGCGCUUGGCACGGGUUCCCCGCGGCCGUCAGGACCCUGUCCCCCAGUUCCUGGCUCACGCUCCCCCCUCACAGCGCCCACUCCGGAGACAGGCUGCCGGCCAGCGCGCUGGCGGACUAUUACAGGAGAUACGUGCGCGCUACUAAGCUGAAGCGUUUCUUCAGGUCGGGCGUGGUGGUGACGAGCGUGCGAUGCGUGCGCGCGCGCGCGGCGCCGUGCUCGGCCGCGUGCCCGCGCGCCGCCGCCUUCUGUGUGGCCGGUUACGACAAAACGGAGGGCCGGCCGUUCCGGUACGUGUGCGGGCGCGUGGUGCUCGCUUGCGGCGCCGGCGACCGGCCCGGCACGCUGGCGCCGGCCGCCGCCAAGUACUGCCUGCACUCGCUGGCCGAUCUACAGGCGGCGCUGGCGGCUGAACCGGCUUCGCCCCACCCGGUGGUGGUGGUGGGGUCGGGAGUGUCCGCGGCGGACGCGGUGCGGCUGGCGCGGCGCGCGCGCGUGCUGCACGUGCACCGCGCGCCCGCCGCCGCGCUCGCGCGCCUCUCGCCGCGCGCCUACCCCGACUACUGCCAGGUGUACAAGAUGAUGUGUGACGGAGAAAACGGCAACUAUCCCAACUACAAAUCGUACCCCAACCACGUGAUAGUGGACGUGACCCCAGAGGAGGCCCCGCCGCCCACGGACCCCAGGAGGGACCCCACACUGCGCCCCAAGAGGGUCAAACUCCUCAACUUAGUCACGAACGAAGUGACAGAAGUCAUCGUUUCAAUUAUAACCGUUCUCAUCGGUUCAAAGCCGGACCUCUUCUUUCUACAAACAAAUUUCAACCUUAACUGCAUUGAAUUAGACUCGGAUUGCAUUAAAUGCACAGAAAUGCAAGCGAAAAAGAAGAUCGAAGCGGAAAGAAGACAGUGCUUCUUGAGAGAACACUGGCAUUACUUAAAAUCUGUCCUCGGACAAAGCAUACAGAGUUGCAAAUCGCGAUAUCUGAACUACACGGAGAUUAAUGGCAACACUGACGGCAAAUGUGUGUUGCCAGACUGCAUAAAGAGGAACGAGAGUAAAUGUACGUGCAAUAACCUGAUCAGUAAGUCGGAGAACGAAGUUAAUAAUACCGUUGAAGAUGACAAAGUGAUAUGCGAAUGUCCCGCGAAUAAUUCGAGCGGUGUUGGGUUUGGUGUGGAUCCGAAAAAACCAGUUGACAGUAGGAAUCCUAUAGCUGUUGAUAAAAGUACGCACGAAUUAAUCAAUGCACCCAAAGGGUUGUACGCGCUGGGCCCCCUGACAGCUGACAAUUUCGUCAGGUUCAUACCCGGGGGCGCUCUAGCUAUAGUCGCACAUAUACACAAGGAGAAAUUCACCCGUUGACUCGCCAUAGCCAUGUGAUUUGUUUUUUUUUUUUUACAAUAAAUUAUUUUUUUAUACCAGA